GUUCCUCCCCCCCCACCCCCACCAAAGGCAACAAAAGAAAUUGUAUGUAGAGCAAAACAAGAGUCCUUAAACUGCAAAGAUGUUUGCCAGAAUCUCUGGUCUCCGUGUUCUGCUGCUAAUGGUUCUGGCUGGAACGACAGCCUUCGGGUUCUCCCUGAUGUCGUUACUUCCAGUCCCGGACCCAGAUUGGACUCCUGACAACUAUGAGUACAGCUACGAGGAUUACAACCAGGAAGAGAACACCAGUAGUGCGGUUGACCACCCCGAGAAUCCUGACUGGUACUAUACAGAGGAUGAUCCAUGCCGGCCCAACCCCUGUGAACAUGGCGGGGACUGCCUCAUCAAGGCGGACACCUAUGUGUGCAGCUGCCCAGUCCCUUUCUCUGGAAGCAGGUGUCAGGAGGUGAUAAACAAGUGCACGGAUAAGCCAUGUGGCCGGGGCGAAUGUCUCAUUACUCAGAAUCCUCCCUAUUACCGCUGUGUCUGUAAACACCCUUACAGGGGUUCAGACUGCUCCUCAGUGGUUCCUGUGUGCAGGCCAAACCCCUGCCAAAACGGCGGCACGUGCUCCCGGCACCGGCGGAGAUCCAAGUUUACCUGUAACUGUCCUGACCAGUUCAAGGGGAGACUCUGUGAAAUAGGUCCUGAUGACUGCUAUGUUGGUGAUGGCUACUCUUACCGAGGGCAAGUGAGUAAGACAAUCAACCAGCACUCAUGCCUUUACUGGAACUCCCACCUCCUCUUGCAGGAGCAUUACAACGUGUUUAUGGAGGAUGCCGAGACCCACGGGAUUGGGGAGCACAACUUCUGCAGAAACCCAGAUGGAGAUAAAAAGCCCUGGUGUUUCAUUAAAGUCAACAAUGCAAAGGUGAAAUGGGAGUACUGUGAUGUCUCAGCCUGCUCAGCCCUAGACAUUACUGACCCAGAGAGGAGCCCCACAGAGUCCCUGACCAAGCUUCUGGGGUUUGACUCAUGCGGGAAGACCGAGAUAGCAGACAGGAAAAUCAAGAGGAUCUAUGGGGGCUUUAAGAGCACAGCGGGCAAGCACCCAUGGCAAGCGUCGCUGCAGACCUCGCAGCCAUUGAGCGUCUUCAUGCACCAGGGCCACUUCUGUGGGGGGGCGCUGAUCCACCCCUGCUGGGUGCUUACUGCUGCCCACUGCACUGACAUAAAAGCCAAGAAUCUAAGAGUGGUGCUAGGGGACCAGGACCUGAAGAAGACAGAAUCCCAUGAGCAGACCUUCGGGGUAGAGAAGAUACUGAAGUACAGCCAGUAUAAUGAAAGAGAUGAGAUUCCCCACAAUGACAUUGCUUUGCUCAAGCUAAAGCCAGUGAAUGGUCACUGUGCUCUGGAAUCCAAAUACGUCAAGACUAUAUGUUUGCCUGAUGGUCCCUUUCCCUCUGGGACCGAAUGCCACAUCUCUGGCUGGGGUGUUACAGAAACAGGGGAGGGGUCUCGCCACCUCCUGGAUGCCAAAGUCAAGCUGAUCACCAAUACUUUGUGCAACUCCCGCCGACUGUACGACCACAUGAUCGAUGAGAGCAUGAUUUGUGCGGGAAACCUUCAGAAGCCUGGGAAAGACUCCUGCCAGGGUGACUCCGGAGGCCCUCUGACCUGUGAGAAGAACGGCACCUACUAUGUGUAUGGGAUAGUGAGCUGGGGCCUGGAAUGUGGAAAGAAGCCAGGGGUCUAUACCCAAGUCACCAAAUUCCUGAACUGGAUCAAAGCCACCAUGCAGAGAGCCUAGCUUCUGAGGUGUCUUCCAAACUCCAGAGCCCGUCCUCCUCAGCACCCACACAAGGCAAGACUGUGUGGGCAGCAGCAGACACCCCCCUGGAGUCUCCAGGUGGCCAUGCAGUGAAGUGUCCAUGCUCUACACAGAGACAACGGCUGCCCGGCCUGGGGCGUCCUGAACCAGCAUCUCCACCAUGUCGGGCUCCCUCCUAGUCACCCAAGAAACGACAGAAUCAACCCCAAAUAUAUGAUGUUUGCUUCCCUUCAAACUAUGGUAUCUUCUAGAAAAUCAGUGUUCCGUGACUGCCUCCACCUCGGACAUUUGCAAAUGUGGGAUUUCAGAACGCCAGCAUCCGUGGAAG